AUGGUUGACCCUUAUGAAGCUUUGAGCUCCGACUUUAUUCCCACAGCCAAGGUCCUUGACCACUUCGAGACCGAAAUCGAUCGAGCCAUCCCCGGCGGUAUCCUGUCCGCAGACGGAAAAGAGAAGCUUAAGCCCAGGAUUGCUCUCCUCGCCGGUGCCGAUCUUAUCCAGACGAUGAGCCAGCCUGACAUCUGGAGUAGCGAUGAUCUUGAGCAUAUCCUGGGUCGAUUCGGAGCCUUCAUCAUCGAAAGGGCGGGGACCGAUAUUCACCAAGCGCUAGCGAGCCUCCAGCCUUUUAGAGAGAAUAUUCACGUCAUCCAGCAAGUCUUCCAGAACAACAUGAGCAGCACGCAGAUCCGCCUUCACAUUAAGCGCGAUAUGAGCGUGCGCUACCGUAUGAUCCCCCUGCUUGACUUCUACGCCCUUCGGUCAUCUAACAUGCUUGUAGUCAUCCCGGACCCGGUCAUUGAUUACAUUGAAAAGACUGGUCUAUACCAGGAAAGGCAACCAUCCCCGGAGAGCUCAGCGGAAUCCUCUGGGAGUCAAUAA